AUGCUAAACAUUAUCGAGCAGAUGAAACUUGGAAUUAUGCCUUCCUCUGGGGUUUUCGCAACAAUUGAGGCUAGUUGUGGCUAUUCUUUUGAUUUAUUUUUUUCAACUCAGCAAGAGCUUUUGUAAUUAUUAUCUAGCUCACUAGACCUUGAGUGCUCAGAAAGAUACCUUUUAUGCGGCAGCUACAGAGGAUGAAUGAUUUUGGACUUAUCAGAUGAUGGAGUAUCAUUGGUUAGCAAUUUUCAGUCUCCCAAGGUGAUUUUUCAAACCAAAUGGUUUCCGAUUGAUCCAAGCAUUUUUUUCACUCUUGAUAGCUCACUGGCAAUCAUAUGGGAUUCUAAUACUGGCAAAAGAUUGGAAAGCUUGAGCAUUACUAAUGGGAAAGAAUUAGAAGUCCAACAGGGGGAAAAUGGACUUGUAGCUGUAAACUGUGGAAAUAGCGUUAAAUUUGUUGAUAUUGCGAACUGAAAAGAAAACCUCAAAGCAGAAGGGAAAUUUUCUACAUUUAAAUGGAGCCCUAUCAAAGAUGAAAUUUUUGUGACUAGCGGGGAUAACGGAAGCCUAACUCACCCCUUCGUAAUCGAACCAAAACCAUUGGAAAAAUCCGUAUUUUUUGCGCAAAAAAACCACCCAUCUGUGAGCGAACAAAAAAUUUUUAUGAAAAAUAUUUUGAUAAAUAAGUGAUAAUUAGUAUAAUGUAAUCUCUAGCAAAUUCUGUUUAAUUUUAAACUACUUGCAUUUUAAAACAUAAAAUUUUUCAAAUUAAAUAAUAUUUGCUUUCCAAUUAUUCCGAAUUGGGAUUUAAAAAAAUUUCAAAAAAAAAUUAACCCCUCUCCGUGAGCGAACAAAAUUUUUUUGUAGGGUGAGUAAGUGUAUGAGAUAUAAGGAGAAUCAAGUCCCCAGUUUUUAAUUUCGGCGCAGAGGAUGAAGAAAUUCUGCCAAAUAAAUUCAGAAGGAUCCAGGACAGCAGAGUUAGAAUCACAAACAGAACAGUCAACCUGUAUAAUGACACGUUUAUGAAAGCAAAUCUUAAUAUCACAGCUGGAUCAGAUAAAUAUACAGGAUUGGAUUUCUCGCCUGACGGAAUGCUCUUGUAUGCGAAAACAGAAAAUUCUGUUGAAGUUUUUGAUAUGACCCAAGGCAUAAAACACAACAUCACUUUCCCAUUUCUUAAAGAUCGCCCCGAUGACAGUUUUUUAAAAAUUACAAAGCAACAAAACACGUUAGUAACGUCAGUGGAGCAUGGGACAGCAAUUUGUAAUGCUGAAGGGCAGUUAAAGUGUAUUUUUAAUUCAUAUGAAAGGCUUGUUUCAUGCUGCGAAAUCGGCUGGGAUGAUUCAUUACUGCUGGCAUUGAAAGAUGGAUCUUUGAUGAAAUUAAAUAAAUCCUUUUAA